AUGGAAUUGGAUAAUGUUGAGUUUCAAUUCUUUGUCACCUUUGAUAUGGAGGAUCACAAAGAUUUGAGUGUAAAAACUCCGGUGAAGGACCACCCUCCCAAGAGUAACCCCAGUAAACGACACAGGGAGAGACUUAAUGGGGAGCUCGACCAUCUUGCCAGUUUACUGCCAUUCGAACAAAGUGUUAUAUCAAAACUUGACAAACUUUCUAUUCUUCGGCUUGCUGUAAGCUAUCUCAGGACCAAGAGCUACUUUCAAGCUGUGCUUCCAGACCGGUAUAACCUUGACACUCAUCAUUUGAUAGGACGAUCACACCUCUUCCCCGACCCUGGCUUCUCUGAGGGAGACAGCAUCUUACAGGCCCUGUAUGGCUUUCUCUUUGUUGUGACAUGUGAUGGCGAAGUUUUCUUUGCCUCGCGGACGGUGGAACAAUACCUGGGCUUCCAUCAGUCGGAUAUCAUUCACCAAAGUGUUAUGGAGCUAAUUCAUUCUGAGGAUCGGGAUGAGUUUAAGAGACAGCUAACUUGGAACUCCGCCCUACCCUCGGACAAGUCCACACUUCCUCUUCAUGAGGCCAUGAUGCCAGAAAACUAUCACCACAUGCACCGGUCGUUUACCGUCAGAUUUCGGUGUCUACUAGACAACACUUCAGGUUUCAUCACAUUAGAGAUUAACGGUUGGAUUCGGGUGCUCCAUGGACAGAACGUCCGGACAGACGAGACGCAGUUGGCGCUUUUCGCUACAUGUUGCCCAUUUGGUCCACUCUCCCUCCUGGACCUGCCAUCUCGAGAACUCACAUUCAAAUCCAAACACAAAAUGGAUUUCUCACCUAUGUCUAUGGACAACAGAGGGAAGAUGAUGUUUAGCUUCUCUGACCGAGAGCUUGCCACAAAAUCUGGCUACGAUUUGAUACACCCAGAUGACCUUUCUUACUUUGCUGCAGCUCAUCAAGAGCUGAUUAAGACAGGGAGUUCUGGUCUUAUUGCCUACCGUUGGCUCACCAAAGACUUCCGCUGGUUGUGGCUACAGUCCAGCUGUAAGGUCAUUUACAAAAACAGCAAGCCAGAUUUCAUCAUCUGUACUCAUCGUCAACUCACAGAUGACGAAGGACAAGAUCUGUUUCAUAAGCGUGGCAAUGAAUUCAAGCUUCCCUACCCACUUCUUGAUCUGGAUAUAUGCUCAGGAUUCGACUUUCCGAAUGAUGACUUGAUAAAAAUUAAAAAUGGAAAGAAAAAUAAACAGAAGAAUCAAGUUCGUGAAAUUGUGCAAACUCCUGGCAGGAAACGAAAAAUGUGUCGAGAAAAUGGACUCACAAGCUAUCCACAGUAUAAUGGCUAUGAGGGAGGUGAUUACAAGCCAGAAUUACUCUACUCAUAUCCCCCAAACAACUUUGGCCUUGAGUCUGACCUGUAUAGGUCACAUGGGUACUCGGGGUUCCCUGGAGCUGUUUACCCAAGUACAGACAGUUACCGACUAGAUGCGGACAAACAUGGCUACACCAAUGGUUUCUACCUGGAACCCCAUCAUCGGCAAUACCAACACACACUGAGUUACCAUGGUAACAGCUAUCCCGAUCUAAUGGGUACCUCAACAAAAUAUAGUUAUGAUAUGUCGAAAUAUGGAUUCGAAAGUUAUGCCAAAAAAGUGCAUUAUGGUGAGGAACUAUCUCGUCUAGACAACGAUUUUAGGAAAUAUACUUAUGACUAUGGAAAUGAACGGCUCCCUAAUCUGUUGAAUGGUUCACUAGAACCGGUUGAUUUGCGAGCCUCGUCUAUGUACAACGGUACCUCACUUGUGAACGGGGAGAGUAUGGUUGGUCACUCACCUUGUUUGACCUCUUCACUGUUCAAACCCGACCUCCAUGGUCAAAACAUGUUAUCUAAAGAAACAAAGGUGAUAUGUUCUCCUUCAGAUGUCCUUCAGGGCAGCCAGGGUCUCAACCCAUCGAUGCCCCUGCACCACAGUUCUGUUAUAAAAAACGCAGCUAGUCCACGAACACUUCAUUCUUCUCGUUGUAGUAGUUCUGAACAAAUGGGAAGUCCACCUGUGAAUAAUUAUAACAAUAUGUCUGUGACCAGAGUGUCAGGAACGUGGGCACAGUGUUCUAAAUCAAGCCCAAACUCAACUCCACGAUCGGACAAUAGUGGUAGUCCAAAACAGAAUGGUAUGGGUGGAGGAGGGGCCUCUAGCAGUCCCAUAUCGGGGGCUACCCCAGCCUCUGUGAUACAGACUCACAUAGCAAACAAGACUCAGAACAGAGCCUGUGAUAAACAGCCAUUAGUGGGCGGCAUUCCGGUCCCUGUUGUGAAAUCAGCAUGGCUUCAUCAGUUUCCAACAUCACACAAUUCGUACGGCGAUAGCAAGGACUGGGCCAUGAGCCACAAUGACAUGUAUGCCUGCCACCAGAAGUCCCAGCGUGGCAUCAUCGCAGAAAACAUGUCACACGUGCCCAAAGUGACGAUUCAGUGACAGCUAUGGUUGCUCGCGUCUCUACGUGAUAUUGUGAUAUUUUUGUCUGUGACGACUAUAUGUCAGACACUGUAUAAGCAAACUCACUAAACUCAUCGAUCAAAUCAGAAAAAAAAAAUGGAUAGCCGCACUUCAUGGCAGUCUUGUGUAGAAAAUCUAGAAUGUUAGAUGAAGUCAUUUUAUGAUUAUCUUUGAGAAUAUUUCUCCUCUCUCCUUAAUUCUCUUAACAGAUUUCUUGACAGAUCAAGGUUGAUGCGACUUGUACAUAUUUCAAAAGCAGAAAAAAACUUGCAGACAUAGUUUUACACUGAUCUUUUUUGAUAAAUUUUUAAAAAAUGAUGUAACUGGUAUGGGAGAGUUGAUAUAUACAUUGUGGAAGGUAUAGCUAGUCUGGCGUAUAGUGUUUCUUGUUGGCAGAAUGAGUUUUUUGUGUCUUUAUAAACGAUGACACUUGUGUGGACAUGCAUUGUAUACAUGAUGAUGUGUUUGAGCGCAAGACAUGAGUGUUGUACAAAAGAUGUCGUAAUAACACACAUUUGGCACAUGGUCAAUAUUGAUGAAUCAUCUUAAUUAAAUAAUUUUACAGCUUUUUUCUGUAUUUACGUGAAGAAAGACAGUCAGUUGUAGAAAAAAUAAGAAUGUACACAAUUAACAAAUUAAAUUUAAGCAAGAUAUUUAUCUGAAAAUUUUUUAUGCUUCAUAAAUUCUAUGAUUUCUUAAAGUAAUUUGUUUUUUUUAAGGUGAUAUAUGAACUUUUUAUAAUUAUUAAAUGGUAAAGUUGUAUUGAAUCUGUUAUUUAGACAAGUUAUUUUGGGGCUCUUUCUGAUUGCUAACAGAAGAAAAUGCUUUAGCAUCUUCAUGGAAAUUGAUAUUAACUAAUGUAUUUGAUAAAUAGACAAGAAAAAUUAUUUUCACGAAUUUAAGCUGCUAACGGAAAUCUGAUAUAAAGUUUUUCGAUUGAAGUCUCUGCCUAAUUAGUUGUAACCGAGUUAGAAGUGUAAUAAGGUUUCAGUUUCAUCAAUAUUCAUUAAAUUAAGAUUUACCAUAGGAAUGCAUUACAGAACUAAAUUUACAUAACUAAGAUUUUAAAUCUAAUAAUGCUUUCCUAUGGAAACAUUUUAAUUAAAAAAUUUUGUUAAGUAAAAAAUACUAAUAAAACCAGGACUUUAGAUAACUGUAGUCCAGUUGUCUUAGCCGAGAUGAUGAAACGGAAAUCCGAAUCCUUGUACUAGCAAAUGCUGUCACAAAUGACUAUAAGUUAAUUACUAUGGAUAUAUCCAUAUUAGUAUUUAUUGGAAAGUUUUUAUUUUUUUCUUAUUUUUUUUUUUUUUUUAUUUUUUGAAUGAAGUGCUACGACAAAAGUUAUUGCAAUAAAGUUAGCUGACCAUAGUUCAUUAAUUUAUUGAUUGUUGCUAGAGUUAGUUUCUGAGUAUCAGUACAUUGUGUAUUACCGAAGUCUGUUGAAUAUAUGACUGUUUCAGUAGACAAUUUGCUUUCUGUUUCACAGAAGUCUGUUUAGUCUCUUCUCUGUAGACAUGUGAUUUUCUAGGUGUUGUCUAAAAUACAAGACUGUAAUUGUGUUAUUGUAUUUGUAAAUGGAGAGAUUUAUCUGAGCUCAGGGAACGCUGCUGUUUAUGUCUCUUAUACAUCUAAUUAUUACAUAUAUUACAACGAAACCUCGUUAGUCUAGCAAAUCUUAAUUUUACUCAAAACUGUGACAACUUAUCUUUUAAUCUGGACUCAAUGUUGUAACAGUUUUCCUGGAUUUUUUAUAUCAAAAUCCAGAAUAGGUUUUUUUCUGGAAUGUCAUGAUUAGAUUCUGACUAACGAGGUUUCACUGUACUUAGGCGAUAAAAUUUUCAUUUAAAAAUAAGUUCCCAGUAUAAUUUGAUGUAUCUUUAUAACUAUUGAUAUAACUGCAGUAGCGUUUUAUUAUUAUAUAUAUCAUACCCUUGAUACACAUCAAACACUCUGCAUAUUAUUGUGACUUUUAAUUCCCAUAUUAAGGAAGGUUAAAGUGUAAACAUGUCAGUGCUUGCUAUUUUCAAAACAGAAUGGUCAAACAUACGCUAUAUUUUAUUUCUUUUGCCAAACACACUGUACUAUUUAAUCCAGACUUUUGUUUGUAUGAGCAUUACAAAUUGAAUGACAGGUAGCUAUGUAUUCUCUUUCACUUAAUAAAAAACAACUUUUGUUAGGAAUGUUCAAGCAUGGAGACAUGUAGCUUUAUAUUGAUAAAGUUUGGAAUUAUCACACAACUUUAAACAUGCUGUAUUAGACUUACCUUAUCUAUCCUACAAUUAGCCCAACUUCUGACUUAGUGCAAAUAUGUAAGUCAAUUUAGGCUUAAUUAAUUAUUACAGAACAAUAGAAGAACAUUUGUAGGUACAUUUGUAGUUGAACAGGUAUACAUGAAGGGCAGACUCGUUUCUACCCUGCUGCUCAAUAUGAUCGAGUCAAAAUCUUGCAUGCAAAUUGUGGUAAUUUCUCUUUAAAUUUAAACAGUGGUUAUAGGUAAAAGAUAUAGACAGAAAUACUACUUGUGGCUUUUUAUUUAUCAACUAUUUUUGCCUAAAAUAUGUUAAUGUUUUAAACAUGUUUUCUCCCUAUUUUUGCCUGGUGCUUUAUUUAACAGUGGUUAUCUGGUAUUCUGAAGACUGUACAAUUCCUGAAUUAAGUAGAUGUUAUUGUCAUGAAUUAUCUCCCUUUGUCAAUGUUGAUAUAGAGCUAUGACGUUAACCACUGUUACAGAUGCUCAAUUGAUUAUAGAGCCACAAAGCAGUGAUUUCAUACAAAAAAGAUGCAGAAUUUGACUUCCUUUCUAAUAAAAAGAAUUAUUUUUAUUGGAAAUAUAUCUCAAUGUAAACAUCUAAAACAUAUAUGUAUGCUGAAAAUGAUUCACAAAGCUUAAUAUUCAAAUAUUUACACAAUAGCAAUAGUUUUCUUCUGUUAUUAUAUAAAAGAAUUCCAUUGAAUAACAGAUAUUUAUGCAAAGACUUUUACAUACCAUUCAGUCUAGUACGCAAUAUGUUACUGUUUUGCAAUUUUCCAAAUUGGUGCUUUUUAUUUCGUUCUGUCUUUAGGUUCUUCAAGAUUUCGUGUAAUGUGUGCUGUCUUUUGUUUGAUCCAACUCAAUAAGAUAUGUAUAUUUUUCCAAUUGAUUUUUCUCUGUGGAUGCUAGCAUAACAGUAACUUUGUGUUUGGGUUGUAGCACAUUCUGUUGAUGCAAACACUUUAAGCAUUCAGGAAUUUUGAUUCAUAUUACUUGUAGAAUCUGAUAUCCAUCAAUUUCCUUUCAGUAGAUCAUGAGAAUUUUCUAAACAUCAUAACUAAUUUGAGCCAAUUUCUUAGCCAACACCUCAUAAUUUGGGGCCACUCGAUAUUACAAAUAUACUGAGAUUUGUGACUUUGCACAAGUCUCCAAUAACUAAAAGUACAUCGAUAUACAUUUUUUAGGUGUAUAUUUUAUGAAAUUGAACAUUUAAACACUUGCCAAUUAUAUUUUGCAAACAUUUUCUGUAUGAGUCCGGUUUUAAGUUCAAGGUUUUAUAUCAGCAAAUUUGACAUUUGAAAAGUUGCUAGUAUUUUUUUUUUGUGGAAGGAAGAACAAUAUUUUGUACAGAUGUGAACGAUUUUCUAUCUAUAUAUGACUUAAUAGGAUAAUUACAUGGUUUCAAGAAGCUAGUAAACAAUGAGGGAGCUGUAAGGCCCGCUUUGGUGGUUAAUGUUGUAUUAUACCCCGAUCUCUCCAGCCAAGCAGAAAUAAAAUCUCCAAAUACUCAAUAUGAUUAUGAGAGGUUUAGUUGUUCCUUCCCUUGUCCUUGGUUAACAAAGAACUACAGAGGACGCGUAGACGAUUCACAUAAUUUGUCAUCAAUUAUAUUUAUAUGUAAACGGCAGUGAUUUGUUUCCGCCUGAGAGAACUUUUUCAUGAAAUUGAAUUUCUGAUUACUCCUUCAUUCCAUUUAUGAUUUAUUAAUUUAUUCAUAUUUUAAAUUUUAAUUGAAAUAAUUACAUUUAAAUCAUAUACGAAUGCAUAAUUUAUUUUAUUUUUUUUUUUUUUUACAAAAAGCGUGUUUACAGGGAAAAUGCCCAUACAGUUUUUUUGGGGUUAGUUGAGGAGUGAUGUCCUUGCCCUCUAUUUUUCACAUGUGUAUUUACUGAGAUUUUGAUUCCAAUAAUUAUAACUUUAAAAUUAAAAACAAACACCUGUUAAAGGUCAUAUGCAAUGCAAUUUAUUGGUAAACUCAUAUUAAAUUUUUUUUAUUGUUAUUUUCAACAGAAAUAUUAAAUUUGUUGCUUCCAAGGAAACCUAUAAUGAAAAACAAAAAAGAUUUGUCAUUUGUAGUAUUGCAUAGGGACAAAAACAAAUUUCAAAUUAAAAACAAAUGCCCUGCCUGUUAUUGAAGCCUACAUAAGUAAUACAAAUACUACAUACAUACAGCCACUAGGAGGAAUAUGGUGGCAGAUUUAUGGCACGUUGCCAAAAUCCUUUGAUUAAAACUUAAUGGAAUGUCUGCACAUAUAACCAGUGUUUCUUUUAUGUUUUUCUCAAUGUUCCCUGCAUUUCAAUCUGAAACCACCUCUUGUAUGUAUAUAUAUAUAUGGCAAAGUAUAGCAUAGACAAAAUAAAUAUAUAUAUAUAUAUAUAAAAUACUUGUAUAAAAACACAAAGUAUGUGUUUAUGUUUUUACACCCACAUUCAGAAGAAAAACAAAACUGGCGCGAGAGAUGUCGUUAGUUUUGUCAGGUAAAUGUGUAUAUGCUACAAGGAGAUUUUGUUGCAUCUUAUUUCUAUAUAUAUAACUUGUUGACCUACUUAUGACUAUGUUCAUGUUGUUUCUUUAAUUGGAAUUAUAAUUAUUACUUUUAUUAUGUAAUGCUCACGACAGAGAAAACAUGUAAUUUGAAAUAAUAAACGCCUACAUUUA